ACGCCGAGGCGGGCGGCGCCGCUGUGCGGGAGGGGACGGCGGCGGCAGCGGCGGCGGCGGAGGAGGCGGCGGCGGCGGGACGGGAGCCGGAGGAAGGCGGCGGGGAAGCGGCAUGGGCGCCUGACGCCCGUCCCGUCCCGCCGCCGAGGGACGAUGGCGCGGCCCCGCGGCGGGCGGUGGUUGCUGGGCGUCCUCCUCGCCCUGUGCCGCUUCGCCGCGCCGUUCGCCAAGAGCCUGGAACCGGUCUCCUGGAGCUCCAGUAACCCAAAGUUCAUGAGUGGCAAGGGGCUGGUCAUCUACCCGGAGAUUGGGGAUAAACUGGACAUCAUCUGCCCCAGGGCAGAGCCGUCCAAGCCUUACGAGUACUACAAGCUGUACCUGGUGAGGAAGGACCAGGCUGAUGCCUGCAGCACCGUCAUGGACCCCAACGUGCUGGUGACGUGCAACCGGCCCGAGCAGGAGAUCCGCUUCACCAUCAAGUUUCAGGAGUUCAGUCCCAACUACAUGGGCCUGGAGUUCAAGAGGCAGCAGGAUUACUUCAUCACAUCCACUUCCAAUGGGACUCUGGAUGGUCUGGAGAACCGGGAAGGAGGGGUCUGCCAGACACGCUCCAUGAAGAUCGUCAUGAAAGUGGGGCAGGAUCCAAAUGCAGUGAUCCCAGAGCAGCUGACGACGAGUCGGCCGAGCAAGGAGUCCGACAACACGGUGAAGAUCGUCACACAGAGCCCGCGCAGCAAGAUCCCUGCGGUGGAGGAGCCUGGCAAGCCCGGCCCCGUCAACCAGGACGGCCAGGAGACACAAGGUCCCAGCGACGGCUUUUUGAGCUCCAAGGUGGCCGUCUUCGCCGCCAUCGGCGCCGGCUGCGUCAUCUUCAUCCUCAUCAUCAUCUUCCUCGUCGUCCUCCUGAUCAAGAUCCGCAAGCGGCACCGGAAGCACACGCAGCAGCGAGCCGCAGCCUUGUCCCUCAGCACCUUGGCCAGCCCGAAAUGCAGCGGGAACGCGGGCUCGGAGCCCAGCGACAUCAUCAUCCCCUUACGGACUACAGAGAACAACUACUGCCCGCACUACGAGAAGGUGAGCGGGGACUACGGGCACCCCGUCUACAUCGUCCAGGAGAUGCCUCCCCAGAGCCCAGCCAACAUUUACUACAAGGUGUGAGGAGCAGCCUGGGCGAAGCCGCUGAUGCAGGAGCACGGGAGAGCCCGAGCGUGGCGGCGGGGGGCGGGGGCGGCCGCCCCGCCCCAGCUCUGGCGCCGGGAGGGAGGAAGCGACACGAACCCCAGAGCCCCCCCGACACGGCGGCCGCGGCGGCGCGGGGAGCGCCGGGGUGCGGCGGCGCGGAGCGCGGACGGCUCCGCUCCCACGCCGGCUUCUCCUCCCCUUUGUAUUUAGUUUUGUAGUUCUCAGCUUUUGUAAUCCCGAGACUCGAGGGCGAGCCUUCAGCCUCCUCCUCUCCUUCUCCAGACUGCGGCCGGCCGUGCCUUUUUUUACCCGCGCUCGCUCGGACACCACCGGCAACCCCGGAGACUCCGCCGCCCUUCC